GAUUUUAAAAAUGAUAUAAAAUAUAAAAAAAUGGUCGAUCCUAUCGCCGCACUCCUUAACUACAAUGUUCUUGAAGUAAUCUUUUCUUAUCUGGAUUUGCAUGAUCUGCGAAACUGUUCGCUUGUUUGUAGCAAUUGGUAUAAUACUCUUAAUGAUGAAAACAGCGACGUUUGGCGUUGGCACUGUUUACAAAAACUGCCCAAGGAAGCCAUUAAAUCUGACUUGCUAAACUGUGUUUCGACAUAUAAAACAAAACUCCGGGCGUUUUAUCAUGCGUGGAAUCCCAACGAUUGUUCUCGUAAUGUUUAUAUUAAGCCCAGUGGGCUUACUUUGCAUCGAAAUCCCGUGGCACAGAGCACAGAUGGAGCUCGCGCAAAGAUUGGCUUUCGGCACGGCCGUCAUGCAUGGGAUGUCAUCUGGGAAGGCCCUUUAGGAACAGUAGCUGUAAUUGGCAUAUCCACAAAGGAGGCAUCUUUACAAUGUAAUGGCUAUGUGGCACUUCUUGGGUCGGACGAUCAAAGUUGGGGCUGGAAUCUAGUUGAGAACCAUCUUUUACACAAUGGCGACAUGCAAGGCAGCUACCCGUUACUAAAUAAUGCUCCGAAAUAUCAAGUUGGCGAACGAAUACGUGUAAUACUGGACUGUGAAGACAAUACUUUAUCUUUCGAAAAGAAUUACGAGUUUUUAGGUGUGGCGUUUAGAGGCUUGCCUGAUAAAAGGCUUUUUCCUACAGUAUCUGCUGUUUACGGUAACACUGAGGUGUCAAUGGUUUAUUUAGGCACUCCGUUAGAUGGUUAACUAUUUAAUCCAAUUGGUGUAUCAUAUUGAGUUUCUCUGUACAAACUUUCGCAUUUAGUCGAUUUAAUAUACAUAUGCACAACAAAUUAAUUUCAUACAAAAUUUGCGGUAUUAAAGUUUAAAAACAGCACAGACGAGACGACAUGCCUGUUUGCAUAAACGCAAGCAUCUCUAAAAGAGUUAUUAAUUUUCGAUGCGCUAUGCCACAAUUUUUGUUAAGCUUAUAUUAUAUAUUAUAAUAACUAUAAAAAAGAA